UUUGCCUAUUUUACUUUCUUGGAAAACGGCUGUAAGUUUGGAGACCUCGGAGAAGUUACUACAGGCGAGGAUACGGAGAGCGUUGGUGAUAAUUUUCAAGCAAUAAUACUAAAUCUCAAACAAACACGGAGUUACGCAUCGGUUGUAUGUAUUUAGGCCUUACAUUUUGAAUAUUUUGUUAGAAUACCGUAAAAUUGGAGAGCUAAUAAAGAAAAUAGUGCCAGAACGUAAGUGACCGGUUUUUUCAGAUAUAAAGCUGUUCAGAAACUUCGUUUUUUGCAAGCCAUAAUAAAGAAGCUCCUUUGUCAGCUGUGUUUUCUUCAAAUUAACUGUAUUGUCAGAGGUAUUCCGCGAAUAAUUACUGUAUUGCAAGAGAUCUUUUGAUCGGAAUUCCGAAAUAUUAUGUUUGGAAAGUGUCUUAAAGGGCAUAUGUCGCAUUAGCAAUUGGCUAAUAAAACAAAAGCGUUUGGAGUGGAAUUUCAUUGUUUCGUGACCUUUCAUUUCUUCUUAAUUAAUUUUAAGUGUCGUAAAAAUUGACCCUCGAUUCCAUGCUUUGUACUAAACAAAAGAUAUAAUUGUAUUGCAAUAGCCAAUCAUGUUCACGACACUUGCCCUUUAAGGUUUUUUAAAAGCUAGAAAUACGACAGGGUAGAACUAUUGCCGAGCUAACAAUAGUUCACUGGUCGUCUUUGGGAAAGGCGCCUCGCUUAUGAAACUGUCAAUGGAGCUUGCCGGGUUUUCUUUCGUAGUAAACUGUCCGUUAUUUUCUUACUCUUUCUGAAAUCAGUAGCGAUUUUGCAAGGCCUUUUUGCCUAAUUUUUAUUGUUGCAGGGAGGCUUUCCAGUUUUAAAAUAGAAAUUGCUGAUAUCCGUUAGUUUUUACUGUAAUCACAAAGUGCUUGUUUGGCAGCUGCUUAUCAAACCAAUCAACAAGAAAUUUAGUUGUUAAUAUGUGUGCGCUUCGAGUUUUGUUUAAACACAUGCACAAAAUUCAGAUGUUUUCUUGAGAAAUUGUACAUAAAGCAAAUUGUUGUGUGAUGCUAGGGAUGUGGUAAGCACCUGCUAGCCAACACAUUACCGCAAGUUGGUUUUAGAGGAGAAGAAACUCAAUGAAACUAAAAGCAAUCAAAUCUAAGGCAUUAGACUGCUUUCUAAUUUUCCCUUCACAGCUUCAUAAAAUAAAUCAGUAAGUACGUUAAAAUACUUUGUGAUUAAGGAAGUCGUAGCAGUGAUUCUGAGCAUUGUAUCUAAUUUUUAUGUUUAGCGUCUUGUGACUUUAAAUUGUACUUACGGAUUGCUGAAACUACUUUGUCAAAGCCUGAGAAGAUGACAGAUUGGUGAUUAUUCAAAUUUAAUUUUCAAUUAUGGCGUUCUGUCCCCCACAACAACCAAGUCACAGACAUUGGUUUUGUACAGUGCCAUCUGUGCUAUUUCUUCCUCUUUAGCGAAUCCACUAAGUGUUAAAAUGGGAUGGAUGUUCGAAGGGCAAGCCACAGUUUCGACUGGGCACUAGGUAAUGAUAUCAGAUUGGAACUUCAAUCUUUGUAUUGUACAAGUUUGCUCUUCAUGCAUGUAGUUUAGAUCAAUUAACGCUGGUACCUAGUUGUAAGAAAGAGUUUAAGUUGUGAGUCUGGAGGGAUUCUCGAAUCAAACUAAGUUUCAUUAAUUUCCAUUAUUUGUUAUAAUUUCCUAUAAACAUCUUGAUAUUUUAUCAUAGGUGGAAAAAUGUCAAAUUAUGCUAACAGAUUAUCUUUGAAAGAGGAAAUAUUCUAUGUUAGGAGUAGAUUAUCAACAUGAUCAGGCUAAUAAUAGUUAUCAACACCGUAUUGCUGGAAGUAAGGGAAGGCAGGGGUGGAUCCAGGAUUUUUGGUGACUGGGAUUGGGACCACGCCCUUCUUGUUUAUGGGACACGCCCACUAGAUGGGCAAAUGCUACAACCAUGUGUGUUUGUAGUCGCUUCGUAUUCGUAUUCCUUCGAAUUUCUCUUUUCUAUUUCCAAGGACGCCGGAGAAGGGGUGUGGGAGGUCAACCGCCCCUUUUGUCCUUUGAUAGAAGAGGCAAGGGGGUCAGACUGUCCUUUUUCAUAAAUUACCCUUGAAAGAGGCCAAUUGUAAUAAUCAGAGAGAUUCAUAUGAAAUUCUGAACUUCUCAAAACUUGUGAAAUAAUUCCUUAUGCCGAAAGUUAGCCAAUGUUCAAGAUACCUACAGAAGAUCGAAAUCAAAUUGCAGUUACGUAGCAAUUUGUAGAAGCUGAGAAUUAUCUUUCAAAUGCCCUUUUACUCAAGCCUGCCCCCCCCCCUUGCCGCUUGGUCGUUCCGCCGUCCCUGUCUAUUUCCUAGUAGGUCCUUGCCUUUGAAGAUACAUUACAAGGGACACAGGUUGUACUCAUAUUCUAUUGGUUAAAAGGCCAUUUUCAAAUCUGACUAUAGCUUCACUAUAGCUCGCGCCAAAAAUUGUAGCACGGAUUUCAUUGUCUUACGUGCCUUUUCCAGAGCAAAUUCCCAGACCAACUAUAGCUCGGAAUAUCCACUAUAGCUCAAUUAUGGAUGGUUACUGUCAACAAAGAACGGAACUUCUGAUUCGUCUAAGUUUUACUAUUAGACAAUUCUGCGCUCAGUGUUUUACAAACGUUGAUAGGUAGCAGAGAAAGAUUAAACACUUGGAAAAUCAAACACGGAGAUUCUGACUAUAGCUCGAGCUACAGUUGCUAUAGUCUGGAUCCGUUCCUGGAAAGUGCCUGAAAGAAGUGACCAGAAACCUAUAGUACAAGGAGCGACAAAAAUGUUUAAUACAAGGAACAUAAAAAAUUUACUUAGUUUUGAAAAACCUUAAGAUAUUAUCGUGGUUUUACAGUAGUAUUUGUUAAAUCAAAAAUUUAAUCGUUUUAAAAUAUGGUUAGGCCAAAAGUAGAAAAGAAAUUGGCUUGAUUCAAAUCAAAUUUGGAAUCGAAAAAUGUUUACAAACGCGGAUUCAAAUUAUCAAUUCUUGCAAAUUUAGAAAGGUUUUAGCUAAUGCUAUAUUUUUUCGUUGGUUUUUGUACUUUUAAAGUACGUUCUUGCGUACUUCUUGUGCUGUUGUCGCUGCAAAGGCGCUAUGAACUAAAUGAUCACGGAACAGCCACAGGUUGCUCGAUUCAGUUUAUACAUGCAACUUGAAAACUGUGCAUCCGGUUCACUUCUGUGAGCUAUGUUCAAUUUUAUUGAAAGUUUUGCCUGAAUAAUUAAUAAUCUGAUUUCAGAUGAAAGUCUGGGAGUGAAGCGAAGGGCAGCUGCAUUUGUUUUAAUUGCCUAUUGCACAUUGUCUGGUUUUUGUUCGUUUGAGUCGUAAAACUGCAAUGCGUUUUUCACCGUCGAAACCUGCAUAAAUCCGGAAAAAUACCACACAAAAAAGAAACGAAGUGUUUGCCUUGCGACUAGCGAUGCUUCUGCCCGAUUUCAAGGAAGUCGAUGCCCCAAUAAAGACAAUCAAUUCAAGCCUACAGUUGGUAGAGAAGCUAGAAGAAAUGCAAAUUCACAGUAAAGAGGAAUUUCCAGAUGUAAUUGCGUUAAAUGUUGGAGGUAUCAUUUUCACGACGACUAAGGGAACUUUGCUAGGAGAUCCAAACUCGAUGUUGGCAGCGCUAUUUAGUGGGCGUUACAAGGUGCCACGUGACCCUGAUGGAAGAUUUUUCAUUGAUAGAGAUGGCAGUCACUUUGAAUACAUUCUUGCGUACUUACGAGGAGAGCGAAAUCUCCCUCCAGCCCAUGUUGCAUUAAAGGUGCUAGAAGACGCGGAAUACUUUCAGAUAGAAGGCCUAAUCGAUGCUUUACAGAUCUAUCCAAAUGUGUUCAGAGCAAAGCUUUUGAAUACAAGAAACGAGCGCUUCCAAACUGACAGGUGGAAGCGAGAGCUUGUACGAAACUGUCAAAAUGCCUGUUUACAGAGUUUGUCUACUACGUCAAAGAUCCUCUUUGUAGGCGAACACGAUCUAGAAAUAUUGCACGAUGAACCAUCAUGCGUUGGAAACCAGCACUCAUUGGUAGUGACAAAACACCUUAGCUGUGGACCCAAGUAUUAUCACGAGGAUUUUGAAUAUCUAAUGGACCGGUUGCGGAAUCCGCAUUGCAUUAUAGAAGGGUUAGGACAAACUGAUAUGGAAGCAUUUGUUUCACACUUGAAGAGCCAGUUAACUGAUGAAGGAUAUAACUAUUUUUUAAUGGAAGAGUCAGCCUGCUGCAGAAACAGUUGCGACCUUAAUUUGAAGUACUAUUUCCUGGAGAUAAAUUGGAAAUGAAAGAGCCUGAGAUCCAGAUAUAUCGAAUAUACGAAUGGUUCCCCGUUUACCAUUACUCAGUGGGUAUACCCGCGAGAAUAUGAACGGGGUCUUUAUACUGAGAACCUCUGAUUCCAAAUACUGGCAUCAUUAAAGCUUUACAUUAGUGUAUAUAUACAAAUGUCAUGUUUCCAAAAAUUCUCAUAAUAGUAUCCUCGAGGUCCUUUGAUAUCCCCAACUUUAAUCUUAGAUGUGUUAUACCAACUGAUCGAUAGAUAUAAACCUUCGAAAAUUUGCGUAGAACCACAUAGGCCCUAAGACUUAACUUUUUUAUGCGUUGUAAAUUUGUGUUUAAAUAGAAGCUGUUGUUUUCUUACUUUGUGAUAUAUGCCAAAAGAUACACGGCAUUACACCCGAAUGUCUUACGUUAACAUAACAUCACCAAGCUAUCCAGCAUAUCAACAUAGAGAUUAUUUAAUGCAGAGGACAUGGAAUGAAAUUUGCUGGGAAUUAUUGCGUUCAUGCAACACGCGGCCAAAACAUAUUCACUACCUAUGUUCAUACAAUACCUCUUGGCACUGGAUAUAAAUCCAGCAAACAUAAGGUCACAAUGUCUUACUUACAAAAGCAAAGCGCACAUGUAAGCUGCAGAUGGGCCUAUGGUCACUUUGUAUCAAAGUACACAUUCUCGACAAUGUAUAUGACAUUUCAGUGCCUAAUUUUACUCAUUGUUUCAUGCAAGCCUAAAAGGUUAGUAAAACAGUCUAGUUGAAAUUGAAGUAGCUUGAUAGUCCAUCAUUAAGGGCUUUCCAUUAUUUGGAGAUUUCCCUUGGUGAUAGGUGAAUAAAUGUUAAUGUUAGAAUAAUAAAUAUUAGAUUAAAGAUGAAUGUUUUUUAUAAAAGUUGUACAAAGCAUAUCAAAAUUGAAGUAUGUAUCUUACUUUAGUUAUAUGAUCAUUCUAUCGAUAAAAAUGUUUUCUUUGGUAAAAAAAUUUGCUAUGGUAGUUGCAUUUUUAUAUGAUAGUAGCAUUUAUGUUUAAAGAUCCGUUUUUGCAAAACUUCGACCCAUUAUGCAGCAAUUGCAAACUCGAAAGCGCCAUUGUUUAAUGGUCGAAGCCCCUUACAUAAAGAGCCAUACCUGACUAAGAGGGCUGUUUGAAUAUGGGCCAUUAAGACCUCGCAAACUUUCCAGCCUGUUGUCAGAAACUGUUGUAUCCUUUAAUAGAGAAAGAUCUCACUCGCAGAGGCAUUAGCUAUGAAGGCUUAUUACCCGAGGAAUUAUUACAGGGGGUCAUUGAAUCAAAUAGGGGGAUGGUAAAAAUUAAUGAAAGUUUUCAUGCAAAUGGCUUGUUUUGAAAGUUUUUCAUUCUUUCAAUAUAACUGCCAGAAUUUAUUAACCCUGGCUAAAAUGUGGCAAAAUACGCUUCGUUUAAUUAGCUUUUUCUUAAACCCAAAUAGAGUUUCAUUAAUAUGUUACCGUGAAGCUCUAUAUAGGCUGGGGGCUUAUGAACGAUUAUUCCCUCCAGGAUGGGGGCUAAUUUGAAGCGUGAGGGUGGGUGGAGGGUUUAAAGCAAUGUUGUCUAAACAUGACGAUAGUGUUUCAAGACGAUUUUCAAAUUUGGUUCGUAGAAGCAAUUGAAGUAACAUUGGGGUUGCAGAAUACUUGAAAUCAAUUUUAUUCACAGGAGGAUUAAACAACAACGGCUAAAAAUUCAUUCGAAAGGCAAAUUAUCAGGUCCAAUUUGAAGUUACCGAGAAUUGCAUCAUUUUUCGUGUUUCGUACCUUCUCAAGAGAUUGCUAUUUAAUUCCAACAAUGAACUGCAUGCCAAAGAGGGUCCCGAGAGGUCUGGAAGAUUCUGUUUCAGAUGGCCUAUUUCGUAAACUCAAUUUAGGGCUAGAGUUCAAUUUAACUUAGUCUUAUGCUUGCGGAUCAAAUUUUGAAGGCAAUAGAAGUGCAACAGGAACAGUAGUGACUGACCAAGACAUAAAAAUCCAUUCAACGUCAGAAUUGGUAUAGGUAUGUCUCACUUGACAUAUUUGAAGCCCUAAACUUUUUGUAGAAGUAGCUUUGUGUACAUGCUUCGAGAGUUGGCGCUUCCAAAAGUUCAGCGGUUCAACCCUUUUGGGGAAUUUGUAAACGAUUCAUCGAAAAAAAUUCUCCUUGGUAUUCAGGGUAGCGUUGCAUACAGAAAUGCGACCUUCAUAAAAGACUUCAAGAAAUGUUGGUCAAUAUACUCCAUUUCAGUAUCACUUUAGCCAAAAUAAAAUCAUUUAGAAAGGAUUUUUUGGUAUAGCAUAAUCAAUAUAUUGCUGUCUGAAUAAAUAGGCUUUGAAAGGUUUCGGGAAAAUUAGAGAAAUGGGGAUACAGGGCACAGAGAGGAUGUAACUAUCUAAUAUAAAACACACGUUAUCAGUGUUCUUUCAAAAGUAAUAUGAUCACAGCCAUGCCAUUCAAUGCCAAAAUAGAAGCAUGCAAAAGUAUACUGUACAUUCGAACACUGUAAUCGUCAGGACAUACAUACAAGCACCUGUUAGAAUAUGAACAUCCAUAACAACGACAGACUUUAGUAAAACACAAUUUAAUAGAAACCGCCAUAUCAUGAACAAACUUAAUGAAGGACACCCCAAAUGGAAACUUCCACAAAAUGGAAACCUAUCACCAAGGGAAAUCUCCAAAUAAUGGAGAGCCCUUAUUGUGGUCAACCCUAAAAAUGGACAAUUCUUACAAUACACACCCUAUUAAUAGACACCCCCUAAUUAUGGACACUCCUAACAAUUUACGCCCCUUAAUGAUGGACACCCUUUAAUGAUGGACAUCCGUUGAAAUAUACACUUAUAAAUAAUGAAUCCCUCUUAAUAAUGAACAAAAAAAAUUGUCCUAUAAUUUCCAUCUUGAAACUGAAGUCUUUUAGAAACGAGCCCAGGCGACGAGCACCUCCUGAUAAAGAAGAGCAGCUCUGUGGCUGAAGUCCUGCUUGUGUCCUUAAAGAGUACGAGGGUAACAGACCCCAAAUGGUACUUUUAGCCCACAAGCAUCAUGCUGGAAAAACCUCCAAAGGAACACUUUAAGAAAGCGAUAUCCAUAUAUUGAAAAGCGUCGGAACGAUUCACCAGCAGUAAAUCAAUUUAUUUUGAUCUGGCAAAUUACAAAACAAUAGGAUUCAACAUAAUCAUCUACAUAACAAGACUUAUAGUUGCCGCAUCGUCUCACAUCGAAACAAAUAUAUGGACAAAAUCAGCAGCAAAAACAAUCUCUAAAUAAAUUUACAAAAAUCACAAAAAUAGUCAGUAUUUAUUGAUUAAAAAUCACAUAUUCUAGAUUGUAAUCAUUUACAAAAACGACCACAUUUACGGUUUUAAGUUUUCCAAUCGUAGCUGAAAGAACUAUGAUUAAAAUUCAAUUGAAUUAACUUUACAAGAGAGGCUAUAAAACCACAAUGGAAGGACAACAAAAAUUUGGCUUAACGGAGUUGCUUACUUCUUUAAAGAACUCUACCUUAGCAAACCUAGGGGUAUAGAGAUAAAAACACUAGAGGAGGAAAGCUUGAAAAUGAUCUUGCUGAUUGGUUGACAUACUUUCUCCCUUAGUAAAAAUUUAUCAUAUUUUAGCUGUAAUACAUCGCAGUUUUGAAUUAUGCAAGCGAUUCAUCUGCUGAUUUUUGAUACCUGGUUUCCAUGGUAUUGCAGUACAGGUUUCGGAAUAGUUUUAGGCUCUAAUGUAUGAAGUAAGAACUCAAUGGGAUAAAAAGUGCCAAAAAUUUGCAUCUUUACAGAAAUAACGUUGAUACACCUAUCGUGCUAAAUUUAAAU